AUGGGUCGUCGGCCCAAUGCCGUCGUGAGUGAGUACUUCACUCGCGGGAACAAAGUGGCCGAUGCGAGCAAUCGAUACUCUCAUACUUGUCGCAAAUGCGAUGAAGUGUUCCCCAAGGGUCGUGCGGACAACCUCAUCAGCCACUUGCUUCGACGCUGUCCGUUGGUCUCUCACGACGAGAAACAGAAAAUCUAUCAAGCGGUCCAUCAGCAGACUGCAGAAGCCCGCCGCCAUCGCGAGCAAUCCGAACAAGUACCUAGUCCAAUCGAGUACCCACUUGUCGACUACACGGCCGGUCUGAACACUUCGUUCUUACCUGCACAAGACGAAGAUGGACUCCUCACACUAGCGGAAGCAUCCCAACUGGCUGGUGGUAAUCCUCCAGAGCAUCCAGCAGCUGUCAACGACUUUGCUGAUGGCGUCGAUUCACAACUCUUCGUGCAGCAAUUGCAGACCGCUGCAAAUGAACCUGCAUUUUCCAUCGAACCAGUGACCGAUCCAGCCAUAAUGCCUGCCAGCGAACAUGCCAGCCAUGCCAGCCAGCCUUCGCCGCCUGUGGAUGCGGUGAACGCUGCAUCAGUUCCUUCACCGCUCAUGCAGACAGCCUCAGCUGCGAAUGAGGAGUUAGAACAUUUUGGCUCACAUGCUUUAGCUCCAGGUACCGAUCGACCCCAACCGAGCGAUGCUAGUGCAGAUGAUUCCACGCCGACUCUUCAUCCAACUCAAGUCAAUGGCAAGCCAGGUCGGAAAUCUCGGAGGGCUACAAACGCUUCCAACGCUCGGACGUUUGGCAAGAUGACUGCCACGAUGCGAGUGAACCAGCCUUCUGAUGGCUCGAGCUACUUGCCCCCAAAUCCCAAGAAUCGCACCAGAGCCCGCUUUGAGACCACCAGACGUCAAGAAGUCCAAGUUAUGCGCAAGCAAGGCGCUUGCAUGCGAUGCCGGAUGUUGAAGAAGCCAUGCUCUGAAGGCACGCCUUGCAACACCUGCAAAUCGGUCGAUUCGGCUCGAGUGUGGAAGGGAAAAUGCGUGCGCACCAAAUUGGCAAAUGCAUUUACCUUGUGGUCGGUGGGCUUGUUCUAUUCCAAGGCCAAGAUCGAAGUGCCAGCAGCUGUUCGUGGACUGGAAGAACAGCAAGUACAGGGGCGUAUUGAAGUUCGGUUUUUCUUUUACUCGGACCUCGCUAUGACGUUCCCCGUCAAGAAGCACGUCUCAGGACUCGUGAAUUACAUGUCCUCCAUGGAAGAGAACAUCCCACCUUUCAUGAGAGACGAGAAUGCCAACACGACUGAGCCUCCACGGACGGACAUUUGGCUACUCGACGACCGCGAGGGACUGUCUGGCAAGAUCGAAGAGUACCUCAACCGCGUUGCAGAUGCAUGCAUUGCCGAAGAGUCCUCGCCGUUCCUCAGGUCCACCCUGGAGCGCGUUCAGGACAUGGUUAGACAGGAGCAGGCCAAUGGAUACAAGGCUCUGCAAUCCCAGACUGGCAGAUCAUCCUACACCAUCCAGAACGAGCUGCUCAAAGACACCGUCGAGCUCUGGGUGGGGACCUUCAUCCUCACUUUACGAAACUCCGCAGAACUCGAAGCCGUCUACAACACAGUAGAGGCACCCAGCGAUGAAACCACGCCGAGUCAGUGGGCGGGCCAGCAAGAUGGCCAAUACACCGCACUGCCCCCAAACAACCGCGAGCUCAUCUUCACCCAGCUCCUCGCAGCCAUCGAAUGCCGCUGCUCCAACCUCGCCAAAUCCAUCCUGAACGAACUCGAGCGCCGCCUCCUCCAGCGAAGCCAAGUCUCCGGCUUCGCCACCGUCAUCUCCUCCGCCGUCCUCCUCAACUGCAUCGAACGCAUGUCCGGCCUCUACAGAACCUUCGACGCGGACCCCGCACCACCCCAAGCACCGGACGCCCCCAUCGACAGAGACAUGCCCCUCCCCCUCGCCUUCCCCGUCCGCCCUUCCAACUGGCCCCUCGACCACCCACCCCGCCACCUCUGCCCGCAAGGCUCCCACUUCGCCGACAUCCUCAUCAUGCUCCUCCGCACGCGCAACCUCCCGCCACGAACCACGACCACCCCGGACGGUCGACUGAUCGUCGUCCCCGGCCUCACGCAGCCUUUCAGCUGCAAUCGGUCGUACAGAGAGCAGGCGGACGAUGUGGGCAAACUCCCGGCUCUGUGGCUGAAUCGUCUGGCGCUGCAAGAGGCGGAUAUGGUGCGGAUUCGGGAUGCGAGGGUGUCGCCGGGGGAUAUGGGGGUGAGGGCGUGGGAUUUGAAGUUUGUUGCUAGGCUGUUGUUGCCUGAGGUGGAGAAGUGA